GUAGUGACUUCAAAGUUCAUAGCCAUCUUUACGUGGUUUACCAGACAUUCUUCUGUUUCUUUUAGGUUGUAGCUAGCAGAGUGUGUCUGCCGCUGCAUCUUCCAUAAAAAGAUCAAGAAAGUGUUGGCCGAUACCAACUUGUUUUUUACUACAUCAAGUUCAACAAGAACGUUUCAUACUAUCGUUGAUAAUUGUUUUGUAGAUGGAUCGUUGUUCUGUGAAGUAGACAUACACUUUUCAACAUCGGUCUAUAUUAUUUGAUAUUCCUGGUUUCUCUCUCUUGUCGUUUGUGAUUGUGCUCAGAAAGAACUUCAUUCAGAAUACUUCGCUGUGUGUUGUUACGCUUGCUGGUCAGAAGGACACUUCCGCUUGCAGUUGCAGGAACCUUGUCACAAGUGAGUAGUUGCUGCAGAACGAGCUAUUCUGCGUUUACGUGGUCGAAGUGUUGAAAGGAGUUUAGAGUUUGUCGAGUUUGUCGCCCCUGUGGUCUGAGGUAGGCGAACGAAACCUCCGGUAGUUGUAUUGGAAGAUCUACGCGUGAAGGCCGACCUGAACAACCGCAUUACGGAAAACAACUUGUUGAGAAUUGUUGGCCGUCAGUACUCAAACCAGCCGCACCUCUUGGGUCAAGAAACCUGAAAGAAAACGAUUUUCCACUUCAGCUUCCUAUUCAUCAACCAAGAGAAGCUCUAGUACAACGAAUUCGAAACCACUGUACGUGUCCGUCAGGCAACCUGAACUUCAGUUUAUUCAACAUCACUUAUCAUCAACAACUUCAUCGUCCCCCAUCAAGAACAAGCACUCAAGAUGGUGUACAAUCGUGCAGAGUUGUCGAUCCGAGUCCCGGUAGCCUUUAUGGGCGGUCUCAUCGGAUAUCAAGGCGAAACCAUUCGUAAGAUCCAGCAAGACUCUGGAGCGGCUGUCAAGGUCUUCCCACGUGAUCCACGUGUCCUGGACAUGCGCCAAGUCAUAAUCAGCAAGGAUGUGGAAGCUGGUACUACUUACUCCUUUACAGAACUAUAUACCUGAAUCUGUACUGGUCCAUAUUAAAGCGCAAGUCCUAAAUUGAAGUGACUAAGUUGUACAUCAAGAGCAGCCCUCAAUAUUAUUAUUAGAUUACUAGGACGAGCUUCACGAGAACAAGUACAGCAUUUUUUACACUGAAUGACAGGCAUCACCGCAAUGUUUGACGUUUUCGAACGUGAGUUGAAGAACGCCUCCAAAGGACAAUUGGCACGUCUCGCGGACGAUCACCAGUUUUCAUUCAAAGUGGAUGUCGCGAGCAACCAGGUAUUUCAUUUUCAUGUCAUGUCAUGAUACCUCAUGCUCAUGUUACGUCUUGUCUAACGUUAUAGAGGCCGUUCAGCCACCCUUUACCUUCUAAAUCGAAGAGCAGGAAGAUGGCCGAGUGAUAGGCUAUCAAGUAUCGCAUGUUAUCCUAUGCUUAUCAAAAAUAUCGAAAAAGAAAAUGAGUCCCCUUAAUAUUAAGAACUGCUUUCGAAUUCGACUCUCCAAACCAGAUCGGUGCAGUGAUUGGAAAACGAGGUGCCGGAGCUCAUAGCAUUCGCGAAAAUUCCGGUUGCCAGAUGCGCAUUCAGGGAGAGGGUGAAGUUCAGGUACUUGUAACGCAAAUACACAUGUAACAGAUAAAUGACGACAAUAGGUCGUGCUCAUCAUGUUAGGUCUGAGUCUACUUUUGUGCCUUUCAUAAUAGACCUUCUCCAUCCUCCUGUUCUUCUGCAUUCUUCACCAACCCUGAAUAAACAUCGCUUGCCCCUCCGUUCCCACAUCAGCUAACCGGUAUGCUAUCCCAAGUCAAAAAAGCGAUGCAUGGUGUAUGGGAGAGUAUUGAGGAAAUUCCGUCUCUCUACAACAUCAUGCGUGUUUCGGAAAGCUUUUACAAGAGUCCGCUGGCUGGUCCUACGGUGAAUGUAGUCUUGCACCUUCCGGAUGACACUGUUGGCAUGCUCAUUGGACGCAGAGGUACUACAGCAACUACUAGUUGUAUAUAAGUAUUUCAAGUUGUAAACCCAAGUGGUAAGUGAUCUUAUGCUCUACUUGUCCAUCACGUUUAGCAGGAUGAACCUACUUAAGAUCAUUGAGAUCAUGUGCCUUGAAUUUGAGUGAUCUUCGCUCGCAGUGUCCUCGUUCUUGUGGAAUUUAAGUAUAAUUAUUUCACCACUUAUUUAUGCUCUCUGACGUCCGUCACCACAUAAUUUUCUAACUACUGACGAUUUUGACCUUCACCAUAGCAACAUCGUGAAAUAAGUAUCAUUUUCUUUGAGAACAUAUACAUAGAAUUAUAUCUGAUUUUGUGAUCUGUACUCAUACAUGAAAGCAGGUGCCACGAUUUCAAGCAUCCGACGUGAGUGCACGGGCGUUCGCAUUGAUAUCGACAGCAGCUCCAUUCCGUUGAACAAAAACGAAGAGAAAAACUCUGCUUCGAAGCCCUCAAACAACUCAACAACGUACAACAUUAUGGCAUCAAUAAAGGGAAAAUAGCAUCAGCCUCAGUCAUACGAGGUGGAUCUUCAUGAUGUCCAUAAGGAAAGGAAAUGUAAUUUUUUCACGAAAAUUUAGAGUUACAACUCGUCGCAUAGUAAACUUUACCUUCUACCUCCUCUGUAGUUGAGUCACUUACAUCCUCAUCUUCGCAAUUACUUAGAAGGAAUCAUAACGACCCGAACCCUUUUUAUCCCCCCUCAACAGUCACGACCCUCUCUAAUUCUAACUUUAGCAACAACACCAACUCCGCGAAUACCUCCGAUUCUGGCACUUCUCUUCGGGAAGUGAGUCUUCGUGGUACUCUGAGAGCGACUUGCAGAGCCCAUCAGAUGAUCGCUGCAUUGGUUGAAAACGAUAUGCGUCGUAAGAACCGACCGACGUCUGGACCUUCAGGAAGCAAUCUUGUGGGAGGAAGCAAUCUUCUUGUGGGAGGAGCAGGAAAGGUACUUUUGAGUAGUUGAUGUUGAUUCAAAUGAUGCUAAGCAUACACAACAAGUCGUGGUCUAAAUGUUGUACGUAUUACGGUCUGUUUAGUAAAAAAUGCAUUCAUAUUCUUGAUCCCAAAACCGAUCAAAUUCCUAAAAAAACAACUUCUAGACUAUGGGUGACGCGACUUUUGGUACUGGAGAAACCUUCGGAACACCGGACACCGCGCUUCCAGGCGAACAUGAGAGUUCUCCGGAUAUGAUUCGUGGAAACUAA